ACACAUGGCCCAGGCACUAAUCAAAUCUAUCUCUAAUAAUAAACCUCCCGAGCAAUGUGUGGGCUCGGGGCUGGAGCUCGCAGUGCAAUGGCAGCAGCCGAGAGGGACUAGACGCCGCAGGAAAGUCAAAUCCAUGGAUGGGACGCACGUCGGGCGGGAUGCCAUGAACAACUGCACAGACCAGCAGUACUGGGACACCCUCGUUUGCCAGUGCAUCCCCUGCAGCCUUGUAUGCAGCCGGCCCACAGUGAGGAGGUGUGCUGCGCUGUGCGAGUCCAUGGACUGCAACAGGAAAGCCGGCUUCUACUAUGACAAGCUCCUGAACAACUGCAUCAACUGCACCAUGGUCUGUGGGCAGCACCCAAAGCAGUGUGCCCAGUCCUGUGAAGCGGGUGCCCUGGGGGCCACCCCUGCUCCGCCAGCCACCCUGGUCACGGCCUCGCCACCAGCGGCUGUGCUGGAGCCGAAGUCGUGCAUGGAGCAGGAGCCGUGGCUGGUGGUGUACCUGCUGCUGGGCCUCUGCCUCUGUGCCCUCGUCUGCUUCCUGCUCCUGGGCUGGACCCACCUGCGCAGGAAGGGAGAGGUGGUCUCCUGCCAAGCCAGCGCGGGGACCUGCCACCGCAGGGAGGACUCCUCCAAAGAUCAUCUGGUGGAAGCGGGCAGCGUUGGUGAUGGAUCCACUGGCAGCAGGGUCCCAGAGCCAAUGGAAACCUGUAGUUUCUGCUUCCCUGGACAUGGCUCCGCUGUACAAGAGACCAAACCAUGCCACGGCACCUCCUAUCACAUAGGGGAAAGAGCUGCUCCCUCUCACACCGGGAUAUGCAGCAUGGGAAGUGCUGGGGCCAUUCCCAGCCCUGACGAUGGUCACUUCAAAAUCAUAUGUUCUCCUUCACAAGAAAAGACGCCCAUGGCAUGACUGUAGCGAAUGUUCCUGCACAGGAUCAGAAAGGAGGGAUGCUCCCUCUGCCCCCAAAACACAGCUGCUUUACCCUCUGUUCCCAGUGACUGUAACAGCUUCUACCAGGACCAGUGGACCUGGCCCAGCCUUUGCCCAGGGCUGUAGGCUACAGACAGUGCUGCCGGUUACAGACAGUGCUGUUUAAUUUGAAUCAGGAAAAGAAAUUCUCAUUAUUCUUGUGCACUCCCAGUGAUAGAAGUCGCUUCCCAUUUAGCAGUAUCUUCAUCCUCCGCCUUGACCUCUGCAGACCCCUCUGUGCAUCCCCGUCAUUGGGAGCGAUGUCUUGCAGGGGCUUUUCAUCCUGGUUCCACCAUCAGCAUCACUUUGUCUCUGCAAAGGGUGUCGAUGCAGAGCCAGGACCAGACUGUGGUGUCCACCAGUCCCCAUGGAAAGCACACCUUUCCCUGCUUGAAAACUCUACCAUGUAACAGAAGCCAUUUACAAGCAGAGCUAUAAGAAUCUCAGACAUGGACUCAGACCCAAGGACUUACUCAUGGAGGUUAUAAUGACCACCGAAUGCCACUGAGGUAUUCUCAAGUGUGGCGUGUUUUCUGACUUUAACAGAAAUUUCUUCACAGGACAGAUUAUUUGGGAAGAUACUAUGUGGAAAGCUCCACUGCCAGCUUUCAACACAGCUUGGGAAGGCAGGAGAUGUUACGUGUGAUGGCGAGGCUUGGCCUUGUGGCAGGACAUGAUGCUGCAUGGGAAGCGCUGGGACAGGCACCAAAAUCCCCAGUGGAAGCGGGUUUAAUGCAAAGACUCACCCAAGGCUGAGAACUUUCUAAAAGACUGAAUUUAUGUAUGUCUGGUCUAGGUUACCCAAAAAAGCCGGUAAAAGUGAUGAACCAGCUAGAGACAGAGCUGCUUUAAGGGAAGAUUUUUAUCAGCCCUGGCUUUGAAAGCUAGUAUGGAAAAAUAUGGGUUUCAACAUGUAACCUGAAGUUCUCAUUUCCACUAAAGGAGAGUGUAGGGAUUUUUUGCUUGGUGAGAAACCACUCCUGGUAGGAGCUCAUCUCAUCCCCUCCAAUUUCUCAAACUAGAGCUUCAAACUUUGAAGAAUAAACAUGAGUCAAAAUAUGCAGAAAUUGGUGCUGGGAGACAGCAGGAGAAAGCAUGAGCAGAUAGUUACAACAGACUGUCCCCUUCAUAUUAUGUAUUUCUUUAAAUGUCAACGUAUUCUUACCACUACAGAAGGCACCACUUGAGGGGGACCGCAACAAUGGUGCCAUGAGUGAUGUCCGGCCACCAAGCAGAAAGGUCUGAACGUCCCCGUUAGAAUAAGAAAGUGCAAGAGGUGGUUUAAGGUGAGGACUAAGAGCUCAUGCAUUGGUCCAAUAGCUGGCACAUGGGCCAAAGCUUUGCCAUCUUGAGUUGCUCCAGGAGCCAACCUGACAGUUCUCCAGCCCGUUAUCCGUGUGCGUUGCCUCUCAUCUCCUCCCUCUGUUUAGCAAAGUCCCGCUCCGACAGCAGCCCAGGGGGUGGGUUUGCAUUGUGCUGCAUUUGCAUCCGAGGGGAGAAAAUGGGCGCAUGCAAAAUGCAAAUCUUGUUUUACUCA